CUAUGAUCUCCCACAAAUCUUUUUUGACCUUUCGCGAGACGAGCAUGGGCGCGCGGUGCUGCUGCUGCGCCAAGAACCAAGUGGACGCGAGCGACCUGAAGGAGAAGCUCCUCGAGAAGGAUGCGCGCGCGACGUUCGACUCGAACGACGACCGAAAGGCCGCAGCGCUUCCGUCGCCGUCGUCGAUCUCGGGCUCGAGCUACACGAGCAAGAACGAGCGCCUCCUCGUGACCCAAGCCCAGACGUACCGCGACGAUGACGACGACCCGUUCGGCUCGGCGAGAGACUUUGUCGACGAGCGCGAGCUCUCGCGCAGCAGUAGCAGCCGCGACUACGACGACCAGCGCGCGUAUGGCUCGGUGAGCAGCUUGAACGGGACGACGCCACGCAGCGCCGAGCGAUCGCCGGGCCGCGACUCGUACGCUGACAGCAGUGACCGCAGCGCGUACUCGUCGCAGGUGUUUGACGCGCCGCCGACGCAAAGCGGCUGGAACAUCUAGACUUCAAAUCUCAUAACCAUCAAGAGUUUCCGUGUGCUUUCUUAUGAACGUGUCUACAUCAAAU